AUUACCAGUAAGGGUCGCUGGAUAAAGUUGCUCUGCAAGACUCCCACGGCAGGUCCGUUCUCGUUCGCUACGUUCGUUGACUCACUCUCUGCGCAGCUGCAAAUGCCCCGAGAUGCACCUUUACUGCUAUCCGAUACUCCAUUACCGCUACAUUUGGUCAUGAAACUUACCCUGCUGCCGCCGCAGCCACCGUAGACAUCCAACGCGCUGCUAAUUCUCAUAGACUUGACACCAGAGUCUACCCUGAGCUUUAUGCUGUCCUUUUCGCUUAUACUGCUUACUCCCCCAGCAAACGACGACCAGCCAGUAGGUGACAUAGCAGGCUCUUGAACGCGACAAGGACUUGCCGUGAGGACUUGCGGGGCUCAUUCGAUGGCGGAAGAUCAGGAGCAGUUUGCUGAAGAUGCUGUUCUUGGCGAUGAAGCGGACAUGAUGGCUGAGGGAGAUGCUAUGGAUGACGCUCAAGCGGAUGCACCAAGCGACCAGGCUGCUGGGGACGCCGGUGCUAGUGCUGCGGAGGAAGUCCCCGCCACAAAAGAAGAGCCCAAAGUCGAGGGCGGCCAAGACAAUGGGCCAGCCGAGCCGCAGGCAGCCGAUGCUGCUCGCGAGCAAGAGCUUGCUACGGCGGAGGACGAGCGACAGCGGCACGAGGAGGAGCAGCAACAAGGGUCCGGCGAUGCCGAGGAUCCCAUGAGCCAGCCCCCGCACGGCACGGAGGUCUUUGUGUCCAAGGUGCCUCGAGAGGCCAGCGACGCACAGCUGAAAGCGUUCUGCGAAAUGGCCGGGGAGGUCUUUGCGUUGCGUGUACCUAAGGACCGCGAGACGAACACGAACAAGGGCUACUGCUUCUGCGUGUAUAAGGCCCGUGAGAGCGCCGAGAAGGCCUUGACGGUGCUGGAGGGCCGCGAGGUCAAGGACUUCCCUGGUCGGAGGAUCAACGUGGUUCCCUCCAUUGUCAAGAACAAGCUCUACAUGGGGGGCCUGCCGCGGGACAUGAUGCGCGAGGAGCUGGAGGCGGUGCUGCAUGGCGAGACAGUAGGCCUGGAGAAGGUGGAGAUUAUGAUGGACAGGGAGACCAACCAGGGCCGUGGUUUCGGCUUCAUCGCCUUUUACAACAACGCCGCCGCCACGCUGGCGCUGCGUAAGCUGAGCCGACCGGACUUCCGGCUGCGGGGCCAGCCAGUGCAGGUCAUGUGGGCCGACCCCAAGCGUGACGAGAUCGGCACGGAGAAGGUCAGGUCCAUUUACGUGGGCAACCUGCCGGAGCACUACACGGAGCAGGACCUCCGCAACUCUUUCACGCAGUACGGCACGAUCGACCGCGUCACGCUGCUGUACACGCCGGAGGAUCCCGGCAAGCUGCGCAACUACGCCUUCGUGAACUACGUGGAGCGCUCCGCGGCACUGAAGGCCGUCAGCGAGGCGGAGAACAAGAAGCACAUGAUGGGGGACCGCGAGCUCAUUGUGCACAUGGCGAGGCCCCAGCUGCAGCGCGACGACGGCAGUGGCAUGGGCGGCAUGGGCAUGAUGCGUGGGUACGGACCUGCCGGCUACGGCUAUGGACCGCGUGCUUACGGGGCGCCCGGUCGCGGAGGCGGCCGGGGCCCUGGUGGGCGGGGUGGACGGGGCGCCCCGGGUGGGGGCCGCGGCUACGGCGGCGGACGCGGCUACGCCCAGUCAGACUAUGGGUACGGCUAUGACGAGAGCUACGACUAUGGCUAUGAGGAGGGCUAUGAGGACGAGGGCUACGAGGGGUACGGCUAUAGCUACGGCUACGGCGGCUACCCCAGCGUACCCAUCAUGCCUGUGAUGGUUCCCAGCAGCCAGUUUGGGUACGUUGUGGGCGGUGCCGCGGCUGCUGGGUAUCACGAGGGCGGCGGCGCGGGUGCGGGCGGCCCGGUGCGUCGCAGCGGCGGACCGCCCGCGGGUCCGCGCGCGGAGGGGCGCCCUGCGGCCGACUAUGCUGGCUCUGGCUAUGGUGGUGGCGGCUAUGGCGCUAGCGGCAGCCGUGGAGGUGGCGGCGGCUACGAGGAGCGGGGCUACGGCCAGAGGGGCGAGUACGGCGGAGGUCGCCAAGGUGGCUACGACGCUGGUGCCGGCCACCGUGAUGCAGGUGGAUACGGGGCUCCCCAGGAGCGCUACGGCGCCGGCGCUCACGGCGGCAGGGGCCCAGCGGCUCCAAGGGCUGGCUACGGGGACGGCGGCAGGGGAGGCGGUGCUGCGGGAGGGUAUGCUGAUCGCAGCGCCGGCUACGGAGGUGAGCGCGCCGGCGGCUACGGCGAACGGAGUGCUGGGUACGGCGGCGGGGCAUACGGCGGUGAGCGGCCUGCAGGCGGUUACGGUGAGCGGCCUGCAGCGCCCUAUGGCGGAGAGCGAGGUGGAUAUGGCGGCGAGCGGGGCGGUUAUGGUGGCGAGAGAGGCGGGUACGGCGGUGGAGCGCCAUCGUACGGCGCGCCGCCACCGCCGCCAAGCCGCAGCAGCGCCCCUGCUGGAGGGCCUUAUGCUGCCACCAGCUCCGGUUACCAUGGUGGCUCCACGGGCUACUCGGGCGGCAGCACCGGUGCCCGCCCUGCUGGCUACCAAGGGGGCUCGGGCGGGUACACGGGUGGGAGCGGCGGCAGCCGACCACCGGCAGGCCCUGGCGCGGCGUACGGUGGCCGUGGUGGGGGAGCGGGCCCUCGUUACGCGCCCUACUAGUGUGAGGCGUAGAAAGCUACAGCACUGAGCAAUGGAACAUGUUGUUUGGAAGGGCAGUACAGUGGGACAUACCUGGCGGUUAUCUGCGCUGUGCUGAAGGAAGUAUAUAUGUUUAAUUGUGGAGGCAAAUGGGAUUUAGUGGACUGCCAUGUUCCGGGGAUCCGAGCUUUUAUCUACAACAGGCCGUUGCUCUGUGGCCGAAGGCCCAAGUACUGGCGUAAGGCGCAGAACGGUAUCGUCCUCGCCGUUAUAUAGUAAAUGCAUGAGCGCCGUCGCCCGGUUUACUUGCAUUGGGCGUGGCCCUGACUUGUCCUUGCCUGGCAGGCUUGGGAUUCCCUCGGGACGCAUAAGGGCAUGGGGCUAUUCCGGGGGCACUUUCUCCACUAUCAAUUGUGGCUGUUAUGAAUACCUGGUCUCCUGAUCGAGCGGGCCGCCCUCGCAUGAAAGCGCAUAUUACACCCGUUCGCACAUUGGAGGGUGUAACACCUCAGUGACGACACGUCUUCAAGGUCUACGUUGGUGCGGCUAAAAGCUACUAUGGUUCCUUCGCAUUCGAGCCUGUUGCGGACACUUUUCGGGUGUUUUCGAGCUGCCGAUGCUUAUCAAGACGAUGCAUCUCCCUGGGCCGCUACAACCUCACUAGAGAAUAUAAACAAGUAAAAGGGCAAAAGAGGAGGGCAAGUGAGCUCAUCUCCUACCUAUGAGAUCGCAAGGAAGCUGGGACACCGCGUCAGAACACUUCUCACACAUCUGGUGCAUGUAGGGGUAUAUGGUGUGGCCAAGGUGUCUUCCCGGGGAACUGUGCCCAUGGCGAACCUAAGGCAUGGAUCGCUUCAGGGCGCCUCUCAUCCUUGGGACAGCCUCACGACCGGCGGUUGUUGUGUAUUUGGCUAUCCCGAGCGCGGAGGUUUGGGAGGCGCAAGGAUAACAGGUACUUCUGCGUACUUUGACAAGGGCUGUGCGUAUUGAGGGGGUAAGCGGAACAUUGCGGUGCGGACAGGAGCUGUGAGGUGAGGUUGGGGAGGCUCCAUUAUGGUGGAGAGCCGGAACAUAGUUGCACGAAGUCUGCAAUGGAGAGGGUGAUCCAUCGGUAACUCGCUAGAUUAAUUGUCCCCUUUCACGCGGGGAUCCACUCACCUAGCACGCCUUGACUAGUGAGGAGGAGUGGGCCCUAGUAUGUGGCCGUACGCGUGCGGCAUAGGGAAGCAAC